AUGCGGGUCCAUCUGGGUUUGGCCUUUGGGCUGGUGCUGCUGCUCGUGAUGAGCUCGAGGGCGUAUGAUAAUGGCGCUCCCUUUUCCAAAAUGCCCCCUUUGGGUUGGAGCUCCUGGGUGGGGCUGGGCCCCGAGGGUAGCCCGCCCGAGUUUGAUUACUGUGAUGAGCAAAGCGUCAAGGAAGCGAUUGAUGACUUUAUGAGCCUCGGUUUUUACGAUCACGGUUAUCGCCACUUUCAUCUCGACGACUGCUGGGCCGGUGGUCGCAACGCAUCCGGCUACCUUUACCCGGAGACGGAUCACUUUCCCAACGGGUUGCAACCUCUGGUCGACUAUGCCCACAGCAAGGGUUUGGCCUUUGGCGUCUACACCUGUGCUGGCACCCAAACCUGCGUCGGCAAUCGCCCGGGCUCCAAGGAUCACUGGAUGCAGGAUGCCGCCUACUUUGCCUCUGUCGGCAUUGACUGGGUCAAGAUGGACUGGUGCAACACCGAUGGCAUGGACCCAGAGACCACGUAUUCCCUGAUGGGCGCCGCCAUGAACUUUUCUGGUCGCCCCAUGCAUUUUAACCUUUGUGAAUGGGGCAAGCAAGAUCCAUGGAAAUGGGCGGGCUCCAUCGCCCAGUCCUGGCGAGCUACUGGUGAUCACGUCGGGACUUGGGAAAGCACCAAAGAGAUUAUUGGCUCCAUCCAAGAGGUCGUCGAGGCUGGCUACACCGGCGGGCCAUACGCCUGGAAUGACAUGGACAUGCUCGAGACGGGCAAUUAUAACCAAUCUGCUCACGCCAACCACAAGGAGGGAAACAUGACGGCCAUUGAGUACAAGACUGAAUUUUCCAUGUGGGCCAUCAGUGCCUCGCCGUUGGUUGUGACCACGCGCAUCAAGAGCUGUACAGCUCAACCCGUCCCCAGUGGCACCACAUGCAGCAUUCAACUCCUGGAGCAGAUUUCAAACGCAGCUUGCCAUCUCAACGCGAGCUUUGGCUGCCUAUCCAACGGUAGCAUGUGGACGAGUGACGGUUGCCGCGGCAGCUUUUCAUGCUACCAUAACAAUGUGACUUGCAACGUCGACGGUGACGGCACUCACGUUUGCUCCUGCCAACCUCAAGUGUGCAAACCGGCCCUCACCGAUCUGCAACGUGAAAUCCUUUUCAAUGACGAGGUCAUCGCCAUUAAUCAAGACGUGACGCCCCAGGGAAAGACGGUGCACGCCGGCGAUGAUACCGUCUGGUCGCGCAAGCUCAGCGACAAUUCGGUGGCCGUUGCUCUUUACAACUCGGAUGAUAAUGACAAGUCGAUCGGCUUCCAGCUCAAAGACAUUGGCUUUGACUCUGGCGUCAAAGUGGCAGUGCGCGACCUUUGGGCUCACUCGGACAACGGCACGAUCACCGAUGCCUUUGACCCGGUCACAGUGCUGCCUCAUCAAACCAUUGUCUUGCGGCUCACCGAGGCCAAGUAG